CAUACGAAUGCAAUAAUAACGUUAUUAGUACGUUCAGCGUUCGUGAUGAAACGCGAGAAAUGACCAAACAACCGUGAACUACUGUGCAACGGCGACGACGCACGGCGCGCGGCAAUCGGAAAACGAAGAAAGAAAAUAAUACGCCCGCCCGGCCCGAGCGCCCGUACCGCGCGGGUACCUACAUUUCGUUUUCGUAAGAUUAUCAUUAUUUUUAUAAUCCAUCCACGAUCUGAUUCUUAUGUUAUUAUUACAUAAGUGUACGGUAAACAAGUAAACAAUGGAUUCGGUACGGUAGGGAUUUUACUGCGGACGGGGAAAAAAAAAAAAAAAACAACUAGGCAUGUACGGAAUUAUACCUACUGCUCGAUUCCGCUGCCCGUAUAAAUACCGAAACAAUACGGUUGCGAGUCGUCAGUCGUUUCGAUCGUUAGAUACGAUACAACGGGAAACUUAUCGCAGGACGAGACGUCGAGAAACAAACAGAAAAAUGGCAUCUAAGGUAAGAGAAUAUUAUAGUCCCGCUCGCGCGGUAUUUCACCGUAAGACUUAACUGUGUUCUGUUUUUUUUUUCUCUUGCGAUAUCGACGCACUUGUUACGUUAAAACAAAUUUUGUUUUGUUUUCGGAUCAUUUUUUAGACCGUUUGUCGACGGUCCGUACUCCUGUGGACCAUUAAUUCAUUCCGUACCUUAAUCUCGAUGUCAUUUUAAAAUAGUAUUUUGCCAUCGUGUGCGCUACAACGAUCACGCGAAUAUCGAAGUCUCUGGUCGCCCGGCGUUUCCACCGGAAUUUCGUACACUAUAAACGUAUUCUAAAGAAAACGAAUCAUUAUUCUUCUCGCGGUUCGCCACUAUCCCAAGACGGUUCCGCCGUUCCUCUAUACGUCGCGCCGUCUCUUCUAAAAAGCCCCGGACUCCUAUACCCGCGUCCGCUUCUUUUUCGGUUAUUUUCAUCUAUACGCCCGUAUCACCUUCUCGACCGCGUCCUCGCGGUUUCUCCUCCUCUCGGAAUAAUUUGCACCCCAUAUUGUCCUCGUGCAGUACACGGUGCCCGUGAAUUACUAUUAUAUCAUUACGGUUUUAUCACGCAGACAAUGAUCGUGUUCGCCGCGCUGUGCUGUCAUUUGGCGUUCGCCUAUCCGCCACAGCACUACAGCAGUCACUACGAUCACCACGACGAAUCUUACGAGCACCACGCGCCCGCCCCGUACAACUUCGAGUACGGCGUACACGAUCCGCACACCCACGACAUCAAGAGCCAAUACGAAGUGAGCGACGGACACGGAAACGUCAAAGGCUCGUACAGCCUGGUGGAACCCGACGGUUCUACCAGACUGGUCGAGUACACGGCCGACCACGAACACGGUUUCGUGGCCAAAGUGAAGAAAAUCGAACCGGCCUACCACCAUCACGACGAACACGCGUACCAUCACGAGCCCGCGGCCCAUUCGUCGUACACCCCGUACUCUCACCACAAACUGUACUGAUUCCGUUUUCUAUGACAGUACGAGUAUUCCGAAAAAAAAAAAAUAAAUACAAAAUACAAACAUUUUUUGUAAAAUAUCGUAAUCGUUGUAAAAAUGUAAAAUAAUAACAAAACUCAAUAAAUCUAUAUUUUGUACUAAAAAUAUUAUUGUUGACGAGUACUUUUCUUGUUUGUUUUUUAUAAACUCAUAUUACAGCAAUUAUAGAUAUUAUAGAAAACCGUAGGACCAAAAGGAGAGUCGAUACAAAAGAAAAAUAAUAAGCAACAACGUAUGGUGAAAGAACGUUUUAGAGACCUUCAAAAAUAUGAAGGAAUUAAAACUGGUUACUUAGAGCAGUGCCCUGAGGAAAAAACCGUUGGCAGGAGUGCGAGGAUACGGUGGAAAGUUAUAGUUGCAAAAAGUUCCGUAUACGGACAUACUUCGCGCAAUAGGUGAGAAGUUGGGAAUAAGGUAAGUCGUAAAGGGAAAUUCAAUGUAUAUAUGCACGCAAUGAUUAAUUUUUGUUAAAGAAAAACGAUUCCGAGCGGAAAUACAUGUUUCGAAAAGCUGUAAUAUUUAUGAUUUUAAAAUAAUACAUAAAUUAUUCCCGGUUUCUUUAUUAUGAAAACAUAACGGAAAAUCAAAAAACGAUCUCAUUAAAGUACCACCCCGGUCAGAUUUCCUUUCACAAAACGUGCUACAUUUGAAAAUCGGAGCGAGAUUGCUGGUAGAAAAGUAGUUGGCGGGCAAAAAAAAUAAACACCAUUGUAAAACCGAUACGUCCGUCAGAAUCUAAAAGACGAGGGUGAUUCAGAUGGUAAACCGAACUCGACUAUUUUGGCGGUGGAAAGAGAAAAAUCGAUGAGACGAGUCGGAUAUAGAGACGGAAAAAAUAAAAACUCCGAAAUGAAUUAUGGCGAAACGUGAAAAACGAUUUGUUUUUUUUUUUCACCGCGAUACGUAUAGAUAGACGCAUAUACGGUAUAUGCGUACCGGAUUAAUAUCGGAACGGGAAAAAAAAUAAUAACAAUAACGUUUUCGAACGCGUCCGGCGUCGCGCGAGGACCGCGGCGAACAAUCGCGACCGAUUUUUUAGUGACACCAUGGGUCCCGCGCGUCCGUCACCCGCAACGCACCGCCGUGACCGCGAAAGCCGGCCCGGAGCGACCGACGGCCGCCGAGCGGAAACGCCGGGGGGACGGGCCGCCGGCAGCGCGCGCCCGUCGCGGACGUUGCGGUCUCGCGCGACAGGACCCGAGAAAACCCAGGGGCGGCUCGUCGCCGCGGACUCGUCUACCGCGGGGCCUGUCUGCAAACGGCCGCGUGCACCGUAAACCCCGCCGACCGUUUAAAUCGUUCGCGUCGAUAAUUAAUACGCGCGCCCGUCCGCGACGCGGUUUUUUUCUUCGCGCGCCCGUCGCCGUGUCGUUUCCCUCUCGCCCGGGCGUUCGCGACUCGCUCACUCGCGUGCGCGUACGCCCGCCCGUUCAUAUUGCGGGUAGUGCAACGCGUUUAACGCAACGCGCGAUAUCAUAAUGCGCCAUUGUUUGCGUGUGUCCGUGACCAACACAAUAAAUCUCGCGUCCGACGUUACGACGGAUCGCGUUUCUUUUGCCCGCGAGCGGCCGACCCGUAUCCGAUCGACGGCCGUAAAUCGUCGAGCGAUUUGUUUUCGUUUUUCCGUUUUCGUUUUCAUUACGUGCGCGCCGAUGCGACGGACGCAAAUGCAAUGGCGAUAAACGUCGCGCGUGUAUCGAUACUCGGGCGUUACGAUCAAUAGCCAAGUCGGCGUAAUAACGGUCGCGGAAUAACUAUCCGCGCGCCCAGUCAGGGAAGUGUGGCCGAAUCCGAUGAAGAACGACCGGAGGAAACGAAAAAAUGUAAUUUAAAUACGUUUCUUUAGAAUGUCCGUUUUACGUUUCUCCGUAUGCCGAGUGAUAAUAGAGCGGUAAUAACCUAUAAUCGUUAAAAAACAAGGUGAUACACAAUCAAUACUGAUAUAAAUCUAGCUGCUGUCGAAACUUGGCUAAACGUCACAGGAGGUACCGGGGUCACUCGUGAGACUCGCGGGGAUUUGAACUACAAAUUAGAUUCCGAUUAGAGCGACGGGGCUAUUCGUUUUUCUCUCUCGGAAAACUCUCUCCGUUUGGUUAGUAAAAGACAUGCUUCGGUAAAACCCAUCCAUUUAGGUAAUAAUGAGUAUUUAAAGUAAAUAUUUAAUUUAAGAUCUCAACACGUUCAAGGUAGGCAAACAGCUUAAAGGUGUGCGGGCAGUUAAUCGCGUAUCGAAAUGUGUUAACGGUUCGUUUGUAAAUCUCUGACAAUUUUCUAAUUUCGGAAACGUGUAUCUUACUGCGAAUCGUGUACCGACAUGGGUACAUGCGAAUUUCGCUUUGUUAACCGAAAACUAAUCGAACCGUCAUUCAUAAAAAUUGACUGUCAAAUUAUUACGCGCAUACGUAUAGCGGAUAAUUUCAAUCGUAUAGUAAACGAGUGGUGGGGGGGAAUAAAUCGUUUUACUAAAUCUACGUAAAAUUGGCCGUUUUCCGUUAACUCCGGACUUGAAUAAAAAUUACGUUUUUUUUUUUUUAUAUUACUUCGGGGAAUGAAGAUCAUACAUAUUUAUAUAUGAAUUAAUUUUUUUUUUUUAUUAAAACAAUUUUAAAAAAUAACUUUUUAUUUUGUUAUUUUUAGACAAUUUUAAGAUAAAUAGUUACUUUUUUUUAAUUGUUUUAAUAAAAGGGCAGCUUUUAUUAUACCUAUAAUAACCGGAUAACGGUCGAAUUACAAAUGAUCCAUUAUUAACCAACUAAACGACUUUUUAAAACCGGUCCGGUGCCAGCAUAAUACAUUCUUUUUAGGAGAACGCGUUUAAUAUUAUCACGUAUGGAAGGGUGACAAAAACGGUCGAUAUAAAUACAGCGGCUAUCAUUCGGACAGUCACCAGUGUUUGACUUGGCGAUUCAGCAGCACACAUCAAUAUACAGUAUCUAUUCGACGAAAACCGACGAAAUGGCAGCUAAGGCGAGAAAGUAAAAUUCAAUAAAUACUCGAAAAAAAAAACCACGAGAAACGUCAUCAAUUUUACUUUUAAAUUCUGAACUGAGCGAGAAAUGUAUUGGUUUUACAAUGAUGUUUAUUUUUUUAACUCUCUUACCUGUAAACAACUUUUCUACCAGCAAUUUUGCUCCGAUUUACAAUGAUAGCACUUUUUCUCAAAGGAAAUUUGACCGGAGAGGUACUUUGAGGAGGUCAUUUUUCGAUUUUCCCAGUAAAUGGGAAAACUAGGAAAAACACGAGAAAACCGGGGGAAAUGUAGGGAAAACGGGAAAAUAGGUACGAUAUUUCAUAAAUAUUAUUAAAGAAAAUGCAUAUGUAAUUAUUUUACCGUAAUUUAUGACACACAAAUAAAUUGUUCACAAAACAGCACUAACAACCGAACUCCGCUCAGAAUCAUAUUUUCUUUAGCAAAGGUUAAUUCUUGCGUGCAGAUAUAUAUUAAACCGCCGUCUAUAUCCUACCUAUCUAAUUUCAGACCUACAAUAAUUGUGAACCUCCCAUUAACCCGUUAACACUUUUUUUUUUUUGUUACUAUUAUUCAAUAUUUCAUAAUCGCAUUUAUAUGUUUGUUUUCUUUUUUUCCCUAUCCAGUUGAUCAUCUUCUCCGCCUGCGUGGCCGCCGCUCUAUCCCAGUACGCCGCCCCGGCCUACAAACCCGCUUACCCAGCGGCACCCGCAUACCCGGCACCGGCUUACGCCGCACCAAAGGCCUACGCCCCAGAACCCGCUUACCCACCGGCGCCGUACAGCUUCGAAUACAGCGUAAACGACCCGUCCACCUACGACGUCAAGAGCCAAUCGGAAUACAGCGACGGCAAAACCGUCAAGGGAUACUACAGCCUGGUCGAAUCUGACGGCACCAAGAGAAUCGUCGAAUACACCGCCGACGACUACGGUUUCAACGCCGAAGUCAAGAAGGAAGGCGCCCCGGCUUACGCCCCAGCCGCCCCGGCCUACAAGGCCGCCCCGGCCUACAAACCAGCCUACCCAGCACCCGCUUACCCAGCGCCAGCCUACAAGCCAUACUAAGUCACCCUUCGUUCGACUCGAGUCGCGUGUCAUUGAUUCUGCGAUGAUGCUUUCUGUGCUCGCACGUACUCCUCAUCAUUGUUAACCACAACUAUUGUAUCAUAUCAUUGUACGUUUCAUUAUCUUUAACUGCGUGUAAAUAAACGAAUAGCCAUUUAAUUGACGGUAAUAUCGACUUUGCGUUAUCA